AUGGACAGAUUCUACAGGCUACUUCGCCUACGCGUGUACUUUGCUAAAGAUCCUGACCCAGUUGAUGUAGAGGAUACUCAGUCAGAAGUGUCUCCCGUCGCACCCCUGAUCAAUCCAUUCAAACAUAAAAGUAAAUGGAACCCGUCUCCCAGCAGAGUACCUGCUCUCGAAGCGUUCAUCAGUGCAGUGAAGGAGGAAGUAACCGUCAACUUAAACAACAUGCAGACAACCAAGGACAAUCUGUCACCUUUGGAACGCCAGGCACUCAAAUCCCUGAAAAAUAAUUCGGACAUUGUCAUCAAGCCAGCGGACAAAGGCUGUGCAGUUGUUAUAAUGAACAGGGACGACUACAUCCCAGAGGCUAAUCGGCAACUCUCCAACGAGACAUUUUAUCGUAAGGUCGAUAGUGACCUGACGCACGUACACGCACAGCAGAUUAAUAAUACCAUCAAUAGAAUUUUAGAGAAGGGUGAUAUUGACAACGAUACCGCGAAAUUCCUGUGCCCCGAAAAUCCUCAAGCAGGAAAGUUUUAUCAUCUUCCUAAAAUUCAAAAACCUGGGAACCCUGGUAGACCCAUCAAUAACUCGAUCAACCACCCGACGGAGAAAAUUUCCCAGUUUGUUGACUUCCACCUCCGACCAUUCGUAGAACAUUUACCAUCUUUUUUAAAAGACACCACAGACUAUCUAAACAAAACACCUGCUAAGAACUUACCAGAAGGUACCUUGUUAGUUACGAUGGACGUCGUUUCCCUCUACACUAACAUACCGCAUGACGGCGGCAUUGCAGUCUGUCGCGAGGCAUGGGAACGGCGCAGUACCAAAAACCCAUCGACUGAUAGCCUGGUGGAUUUACUGAGACUUGUCCUCACACUUAACAACUUUACAUUCAAUGAGGAUAACUACAUACAAGUUAGUGGUACAGCCAUGGGUACUAAGAUGGCCCCCUCAUAUGCCAAUGUUUUUAUGGGACAUCUUGAAGCCCAACUUUUAACAUCUGCUCCAAUUAAGCCAUUUAGCUGGUUGAGAUUUAUCGAUGACGUUGAAAUCAAAUGGACAUCGGGUCGGGACUCCCUUGACGAGUUUAUUGAGUACGCUAACGCGUUCCACGCCACCAUCAAAUUCACAGCGGAUAUCUCAACGGAGAGCAACACAUUUUUGGACACCAGUUCCACUCUGAUUGAUGGUAAGAUUAGUACGGACCUCCACUGUAAACCUACUGACACACACCAGUAUCUCCUCCCAUCCAGUUGUCACCCCUCGCACACCACGAGAAGCAUACCCUACUCCCAAGCUCUGCGCAUCAGGCGUAUUAUUUCGGAUGACAUCAUCUUUGAACGCAGAUGUUCAGAGUUAAAGUCCCAUCUUCUUGGCAGAGGAUACAAAUCUACUUUGAUAGAUCGGGAAAUAGACAAAGUGAGGGUACUGGACAGGGCCAGUCUGCUUGUAUACAAAGUCAGACCCCAUACACAAAGGGUACCUUGCGUAGUCAUGUUCCAACAAGACAUGCCGCCACUUCCAUCUAUCUUGGAAAAGCACUGGCGCAUCAUCGAAUCUUCAGCGAAACUUGGGCAGAUCUUUCCAGAGUCUCCUAUACUGGCAUAUCGUAGACCUAAACACAUUAGAGAUCUUGUGUUAAGCAGCAAGCUACCUACACCUAACCCUGCUGCGGCGAAAGGCUCUUUCAAUACCUGUAACAAGAAGUUGCUGGAUUUUUUCUUUGACGGUUUCCAUGAAAUUCCCUCAAAUCCCGAAAAUAGCUAG